AUACAGCAGAUCACUCAAGAAAAGAUUGCUUUAAGAAAAGGUUUACUUUAGUACAACAUGGCUCGGCUGAUGAUCUUGGCUGGAUUGACUCUUCUGAUGUGUCUUCAAACUGUUUCUUCAACCAAACUGGUGUGCUACUUUACCAACUGGUCCCAGUACAGAAAAGAUGCUGCUAAAUAUCUCCCUGCGAAUGUGGAUCCCUACCUCUGCACACACCUGAUUUAUGCCUACUCAGAAAUUAGCCCAUCUAAUGAGCUGAAAACAUAUGAGUGGAAUGAUGAGGUUCUGUAUAAAGCCUUCAAUGGACUGAAGGUCAGAAACCCUCAGCUGAAGACUCUGUUGUCGGUUGGUGGGUUUUACGCGGGAACACACCAAUUUCACGCCAUGGUUUCAACUCCUGCCAACCGUCAGGUGUUCAUCCAGUCUGCCAUCAGGUUUUUGAGACAGCAUGGCUUUGAUGGGCUGGACCUGGACUGGGAGUACCCAGGACACUAUGGAGACAGAGAGGACAAGCAAAGGUUCACGUUGCUCUGCCAGGAAUUGCAUGCAGCUUUUGAGAAGGAGGCGGUUCAGAACAGCAGGUCACGGCUGCUGCUGUCAGCCGCAGUGGCAGCUGGACAGGAAAUCAUUCACAAUGCUUAUGAGGUUGCUGAUGUUUCUCGGGUUCUAGACUUCAUAAAUGUCAUGACCUACCGCUUACAUGGAUCUUCGGAUAAAAUCCUUGGCCACAACAGUCCUCUGUACACCAGUUCUGCUCUUCCGGACCGAUUUGUCAACUACAAUGUUGACUUUGGCAUGAGAUAUUGGAGAGAUAAUGGAGCUCCUGCUGAAAAACUCUUGCUUGGUUUCCCUGCAUUUGCACGCACAUACACCAUGGCAUCAGCAAAUCAUGGAGUUGGAGCACCAUCGAAUGGAGCGGGCUCUCCUGGGGUCUACACCCGGGAGUCUGGGAUCUUGUCUUACUAUGAGGUCUGCACGUUCCUCAACGGAGCCACUACACACUGGGUUGAUGAACAAAAGGUGCCGUAUGCAGUCAAAGGCAACGAGUGGGUGGGCUUCGACAACAAGCAGAGCUAUGAAAUCAAGGCACAGUAUGUGAAAGCUAAUCAUUUUGGAGGAGCAUUUGUCUGGUCUCUGGAUCUGGAUGAUUUUGGGGGACACUUCUGUGGUCAAGGAAAAUAUCCCCUCAUCAGUUCUCUGCGCGCGCUUCUUAAUUCAGAUUUUCCAACACCUCCGCCAGUCAACACCACAAGCCACCCCGACCCAGCUACCACCACCACAAAGGUUUCUUCUGGAAGUGGUUUCUGUGCUGGAAAGGUUAAUGGUCUCUACCCAAACCCCACUGAUAGAAACAGCUUCUAUCAGUGUGUUGACGGGUUUACAUAUUUGCAGAGAUGUCAGCCUAAUCUUGUUUACAAUGAACAUUGCCAGUGCUGCAACUGGUCCUAAAUAAAUGUCUUUUUUUGGGGGGGGUCAAACAGGAAUGUGCUGGGUUGUUAUUUAUUUGGACCAUGGAGGUCACAGAAUACUGAAUGUAAUGCAUGGAGUCGUCUAAGUUCUGUAGAACUCAACAAAUGUUUAAUAUUCAUCUAAUAUUAAUUUUAAUUUAUACUCUAAUAUAUUAGACUGACAACUCUCUCACACAUCUGGUGUGACAGUCUCAUUUUAAAUUCUCUGCCCAAACAAAUGCUUCACCAAAUAA